UCCCUGGUCGGACAGUCAACUUCAGUUCGUUUUCCACUUCGGCACCAAGCACUCGAUAUUGUGUCUGCUCCAGGCAAAAACUAAACCCCUCCGAAGAGAAAAAUUCUCGUGUAGUAGAGUUUUGGAAAGCCAAGAUGUGUGGUGGCUGGGCCUGUGCUUCCUACAACAUCGCCUGCUGCAAUCCGCGGCUGUCGACACUGCGAUUCACGGGUCGCUGUUUCGCACCCACGCCAUGUGGUCCAUGUAACGACUGCUCCGCCUGCGGAGGUUGUUGCGGCGGCUGCUGCUGAUGAUGGUCGAGGUUGGGAUCAGUAUCAGUCCUGGAGUGGCCACAGAGUCGAGAGGCAGGCAAAACUUCUAGUUCCAAGUAGGCUGACAGCUUCCCAUUGUCAACCAUGAAAUAAAAACAUUUCAGUCCA